ACUAAAAAAGUUGAAUUGAAACACCUUAUUAUGAAACACGUGCAAAAUGAAUUCGAUAGAAAUUCUUUAAAAACGAUGAAAAAAUUGUUAUAUUUUCCUAUUUAAUUUUGAUUUUUGUAGUACAAAGACACAAAUUAUAAUGUCCGGUUCUCGAAAAUCCCUCAAGAAGGCAACCACCUUUAAUCCUAGAGCGUCCAACGAUUGGUCUAAAGAUGAAUCGAAAUUCGGUCUAAAAAUGCUCGAAAAAAUGGGAUGGAAGCAAGGCCAAGGUAUAGGACUAAAUAAUCAAGGCAUCACGGAGAAUAUAAAAGUUCGUCUUAAACUAGAUAGUAAAGGCUUGGGUUACCAAAUCAAAGAAGACCAGUGGUUGGAAGUUCGGAGUGAAUUUUCUGAAUUAUUAUCGCAGCUGAGUCAAGGAGUUGAAGAUGAAGACGAAGCACUUGAGAAAGGAAAAAAAUCAUUACGAGCGGUAUCCGAAUCCUCGAAAACUAGAGUGCAUUAUCACAAAUUUACGCAUGGAAAAGACAUCGCCAGGUAUAAGAAAGAAGAUUUAAUCGGAAUCUUGGGUAAAAAAGAAAAAGAUGACUCCCUCGUACCAGAAAACAAAGAAUUUAUUCAAAGUGGAAAUAUGGACGAAUAUUUUAAGAGUAAAAAGAGGAAAUUAGAGCCCGCCGACUCGAAUUUCUCUCCUGCAGACAACUUGCAAGUUGAUGACAUUACUGAUCACGAUUCGACAGAUUCUAUGAAAUCUGUAAAAAAGAAGAAACUAGAAAACGAUGACGUUGAUUUUCCUUCUACAGACGACGCUGGUGAAAUUCUUGACCAUAACUCUGAAAAUUCUCUAAAACCUGUGAAAAAGAAGAAAAAGAAAUUAGAGAAUCUCGAUGAAAAUCUUCCUUCGACAGAGAACUCCCAAGAUUGUGAUAUUCUUGAUCACGGCUCAGAUUCUAAAUCUGCGAAGAAGAAAAAAUUGGAGAACGGUGACCGUAAUCUUCCUUCUGCAGACAAUUCGACUUCUUGUAAUACUCUUAAUAAUUUUGAUUCUGUGACUUCUGGGGAAAAAAAGAAGAGAUUAGAAAACACCGGCCAAGACACUACUUGUGCAAACAACUGGCAUGGUUGUGAUAUUCUUGAAGACAAUUCGGUGAAUUCGAAGUCUGAAAAGAAGAAAAAAAAGAAGAAAGCGGUAGAAAUCAGCGAUCUGAAUCUUCCAUCUGCUGAGAAUUCGCAAGCUUGUGAAAUUAUUGACCAGAGUUCUGGCAAUUCUGUUAAAUCUGCGAAGAAGACGAAGAAAAUAAAAAAUAGCGAUCAGAAUAUUUCUUCUCCAAACAGUUCGCAACCUUGCAAUAUUAUUGAUGAAAACUCCGCAGAUUUAAAGACAGCAAAUUUACAAAACAUUGGACAUAAUCUUCCGUCUGAGAGUAGUUCUGAAGCUUGCGAUAUUUUGGACCCCAGUUCGACAGAUAAUUCUAAAAGUAAGAAAAAGAAAUUAGAAAACAGUCACUUGAAUCCUCCUACGAACAACUCGCAAAUUUCUGACCAAAGUUCUAUAGAUUCUUCGAAACGUGUGAAGAAAAAAAAGAAAAAAUUAGAAAACAUCGGCCAGAAUCUUCCUUCCGCACACGAUUUGCAAGCUUGCGAUAUUUUUAACCAAAGUUCGGAAGAUUGUCUCAAAAGUAAAGAAAAAAGAACAGCGAACAGUGACCAGAAUCUUUCCUCUGUGAGCGAUUUACAAACUUGUAAUAUUAUUGACCAAAAUUCGAUAGAUUUUACAAAAACUGCGAAGAAAAAGAAAAAGAAGAAAUUAGAAAACAGCGAUCAGAAUCUUCCUGCUGCGAAAAACUCGCGAACUAUUAAAAUUAUCGACCAGAAUUCGGCAGAUUUUAUGAAAUCUGUGAUUGAUUAUAAUAGUUGCAAUAAUGUGGAAGAUAUUAUUUCAAAGUUUGAAAAAAGUCGCGAAGAACUGUUGAAUAAAUAUCGAGAAAAAUAUAUAAAGAAGUAUUCAGAAUCAUCGUCAGGUAUUCAAGUUUUUGGUGAUGAAUUUGAUGGUAGAAAAUUGGAUUGCAAGAAACCUACAAAUGAAGAUGAAUCUGUGAUGCAAAUGUAUGCCCGUAAGAAUAAGUCAAAAGCUGACAGAGCGGUUGCUAAAGCUAUAUUAGUAAGAAGCAUAGAAGAAGGUGUUGUGACGCAUGAUUUUGAAGGUAGUAAUCUGACGAAUAUUCCAGGCUAUGGUAGUAAAAUAUGUUGAAUUUUACGGAAUUUACGUUCUGCGUUCAUCUUUAUGUGUUUUAAAUUUAACAAUCCAUGUGUGCUGCAUUUUUCAAGUAUAUUGCGCGUUUAAUGACGAA